AUGAAUUUUGGGGGCAGCAGGUGUCUGGAGUGUGACAAGGGGGCAGGACAAGGUCACACAGCCAUUAGAGGCAGGAGUGGAACUGGGCCCAGAUCAGCCUGGCAGCCAACCAGAACCCUUUCUCCCUCCCCAGCCCCUACUGAAGCUCUACCAGUGGCCUCUCCAGAAGCACAGGAGCCUGGCGAAACCCCGGCCAAGGAGAGCCAAGCAGCCAUGGGGGCUGAGGGGACAAAGGCCCCUGCCCCACCGGUCCAGAAGUCCUGGCUGGUGAGGCAUUUUUCACUGCUGCUGCGGCGGGAUCGGCAGGCCCAGAAGGCCGGGCAGCUCUUCUCGGGGCUCCUGGCCCUCAACGUGGUGUUCCUGGGCGGCGCCUUCAUCUGCAGCAUGAUUUUCAACAACGUGGCCAUCACACUGGGCGACGUGUGGAUCCUGCUGGCCACGCUGAAGUCCCUGUCCCUCCUCUGGCUCCUCUACUACACCGCUGGCACCACCCGCCAGCCACACGCCGUGCCCCACCAGGACCCUCACGCGGGACCCAUCUGGGUGCUGGGCUCCCUGGUGCUCUUUGGCAGCUGCACCAUCUGCCUCAACAUCUUCCGCGUGGGCUAUGACAUCAGCCACAGUGACUGCAAGUCGCAGCUGGAGCUCAUCUUCCCUGCCAUCGAGAUCAUCUUCAUGGGCGUCCAGACCUGGGUGCUCUGGAAACACUGUAAGGACUGUGUUCAGGUCCAGACCAACUUCACUAGGUGUGGCCUGAUGCUGACCCUGGCCACGAACCUGCUGCUGUGGCUUCUGGCUGUCACCAAUGACUCCAUGCACCACGAGAUCGAGUCCGAGCUCAACACCCUCAUGAAGAAGUUCUCAGGCAACGACACCAACACCUGUCUGUGCCUCAAUGUCACCAUAUGCAAGGUCUUCCAGAAGGGCUACCUGAUGCUCUACCCCUUCAGCACCGAGUACUGCCUCAUCUGCUGUGCUGUGCUCUUCGUCAUGUGGAAGAACGUGGGCCGCCGCCUGGCACCCCACGUAGACGGCCACCCCAGGACCCCGCCCUUCCACCUGCACGGAGCCAUCUUUGGGCCGCUGCUGGGCCUGCUGGUACUGGUGGCAGGCGUGUGCGUCUUCGUGCUUUUCCAGAUCCAAGCCAGUGGCCCUGCCAUCGCACGCCAGUAUUUCACCAUCUACUACGCCUUCUAUGUAGCCGUGCUGCCCGCCAUGAGCCUGGCAUGCCUGGCGGGCACGGCCAUCCACGGGCUGGAGGAGCGAGAGCUGGACACUCUCAAGAACCCCACCCGCAGCCUGGACGUGAUGCUGCUGAUGGGCGCCGCCCUGGGCCAGAUAGGCAUCUCCUACUUCUCCAUCGUGGCCAUCGUGGCCACUCGCCCCCACGAGGGGCUCAACCGCCUCAUCCUGGCCUACUCGCUGCUGCUCAUCCUGCAGCACAUAGCCCAGAACCUCUUCAUCAUCGAGGGCCUACACCGGCGCCCACUCUGGGAGGCAGCGCCCGAGAGCCUGGCUGGGAAGCGAGAGGCUGAGCCGCCCCGCAGGGGAUCCCUGCUGGAGCUGGGCCAGGAUCUGCGGCGGGCUUCAUUGGCCUACAUCCACUCCUACAGCCACCUCAACUGGAAGCGGCGGGCCCUCAAGGAGAUCUCACUCUUCCUCAUCCUCUGUAACAUCACACUCUGGAUGAUGCCCGCUUUUGGCAUCCACCCGGAAUUCGAGAACGGGCUGGAAAAGGAUUUCUACGGCUACCGGACGUGGUUCACCAUCGUCAAUUUUGGCCUGCCCCUGGGCGUCUUCUACCGCAUGCACUCUGUGGGGGGGCUGGUGGAGGUCUACUUAGCGGCUUGAGGGUGCCCAGGGAACCCACCCUCUGCAGAACCCCAAAGUUCCACGGCCGGGGAAAACAUAUUCCAGAUGCCCUGUUCCAGGGGGACCUAGACCAGCCCGGGUUCCCCAACACCACCUCUUCCCAGGUGCUCUCUGAGAAGGGGGCUGUCUGCACACAGCCCAAGGCCAGGGCCACGACACUGAGCUGCUGAUGCCCAUGCCCACAACUGCGUGCACGCCUGCCCCGAUUCACCACCUCAAUCAGUGUAGCCAAGAAGCCCCAGCUACUCUCCGGGAAGUUCAGCCCUAAAUGAUUGAGUCCCAGGGAGCCUGGGGAGGGGGCUCUACCCAGCCAGGCCUCCACAGUCUGCCUCCUGCACGGGCCAAGCUCAGCCCAGGACAUCUGGAAGCUCGUGGCUCAGCAGGCAAUGCUGCCCUUCUCUCCCCACAUGCUCUGUU